AUGCAAUUCACAUCCCUCUGCGUCCUCGCCCUGGCCGGCUCAGCACUCGCAACCCAAGCACCAGUCAACAAGCGAGAACCCCAACUCCUCGACAACAUCGCCAACAAAAUCGGCGAAGGAACAGGCGCCAUCAACACCGCCAUCAGAGAUGGUUCAGGCCUAGCGCAAACGCUCGGCAACCUCGUAGGCACAGCAGCAGGCACCAGAGUAGCCGACGCAACACGAGCACUCAACGACGGCGCCGCCCAAGCUACCAACGCCGCAGGAGCAAUCGGCAACAUUGUUGCCAACCCCGUCGUUUCCUCCCUCGCUUCUCUAGCUGCUACCAACACCCGCUUAAAUCCUUUGCUACCACAACCCACACCCACAGGUGGUCUCCGAACCGCCCCAACUUCUCCUGGUGUUGCGUCUCCCACCGGCGGGCUCCCACCAUCCAAUGGAACGGCUGCUGGUAGCUCUGGCUCGUCGACCACAGCGAGCUACUCGGCUGUUCCUGCUGCGGGUGUUAUUUUCGCCUGUACCUUCCUUGCUAUGUUUGGAUACAUGUAG